AUGAAUUACUCUAAAAAGAUACAAUUCCAUUUUGAAUUUAAUGUCAAAUUUUAUUUAAUUUCUACUUUAAAACAGGUGAAUUCACGUGAGUUAUCAUCGCAGACAUCUCCCAUUGCCUUAAUACCCGGAUGCUUUGCUAAUGUAUCUUUUUACGGAUCAUUAUUGCUGAAUUUGUUAAUUGCGGUAAAUAGAUACUGCGCUCUUACACAUCCUCUCAAAUAUCAUUCUUUUUGGUCUGUACAGAAAGCUCGUAUAGCAGCAAUUAUUGCUUAUUUUCUUGGGUUUCUUCCAUGUUUUCCAAGCAUUUUUGGUAAAGCUUUGUCAGAUUCGUUUUUUUACUACAGUAAUACCAGUUGUGGUUAUAUCAAUUCAAUGUUUGACCUAAUAUUCUGUAUUUCAACGCUGACCACAGCGGGAUGCAUUAACUUUAUAACGCUUUUUAGGAUUAGAAAUUACAGUAAAGUUACGAUUCACGGUUGUCUCAUUAAUUAG